AUGGCAUCGUUUGUGAGGAGCACUCAGCAUAGCUGUGCUGUCGAAAGAAUAUCCAGCGGAAUUGAUGGAUUGGAUCGGGUGCUGGGAGAGUAUGUUGCAAGAGGAUCGAUGAUGAUGGUUGCUGAGGAUGAGAACUCGUCGGCACACUCGGUACUGCUGAGGGUUUUUUUAUCUGAAGGCGUUGCGGGCAAUGAAGAAGUAUUGGCUGUCUCGAAGGAGGAAGAGGAGAUGUGGAUAUACAGCACGGGUAUGCGUGCUGAUGAAGUGCCUAUUGAUAAGAUGGUUAUAGCAUGGAGGUAUUCUGGAGUGCCUUCCAGAGAGUGCAGGCCGCGAUUCAAUCUCUCGAGUAAGCACAGGCUUGAUGGAAAGGACAGUGUGCUUUGCAAGCAUCAUGCAACGCCUGAAGAGAUUUUAAGGAUUGCAGAAAGCAAAGAGAGAGUGAGAAUUGUGAUUUUUUCGUUGAUGUCACCGUUCUGGAUGUGUGACGGGUACAAGAGCAAGGACAUGGUGGAGUUUAUGUAUAGACUCAGGAGGUGUGUAAGAAUGAAUAAGCAUGUGUGCAUUGUAUCUGUCCCAACAUUUUUGUGCCCAGAGAUGAACCUAUUUCCGUUUUUCGAUGUAGUUGCUGAGGAGGACUCGAAUAUCUUCAGUGGGUUCUGCCCGAAUUACAAUGUGAUGCUGACGUUUGCCAAGAUGAAAGGCUAUGGGUGCCUGCGUAUCAACACCCUUGAGGGCCUGAAGUAUGGGGUGAAAAUCAGAAAGAGCGGAGUAUGUUUGGAAAGCAUUGAUAUACCGCCUGAAGAUAGCGAAGUGCAGGGCAUGCAGUGCAGCAAAAGGGAGUUUUAG